CAAGGCUGCUGCCUGGACAGGGGGUGUAAAUUGAUAAAUAUAGCAGCGCCACUAUACUAUCAAGGUAAUGGUAGUAGUGUGUCAAGUCUCAGGACAGCCAACAAGAAGAAGCAGAGAAUGACUGAGGAAGCCAAGAUCGUGGUUCUGGCCUACUCUGGAGGUCUAGAUACUUCGUGCAUCCUAGUGUGGCUGCGGCAGCAGGGAUUUCAAGUUGUAGCCUACUUGGCUAACUUGGGUCAGGAUGAGGACUUCGAAGAUGCCAAGUUGAAAGCCACGAAGCUGGGGGCCAAGGAGGUGGUGGUGGAGGACCAGCAGCUGGAGCUCGUCCAGGACUUCGUGUGGCCAGCAGUGUCAGCUGACCUGAUCUACGAAGACCGCUACCAGCUGGGCACUGCCCUAGCUAGGCCCUGUAUUGUCAGGGGCAUCGUCCGUCUAGCUGUUAGGGUGGGCGCAGGGUAUAUUGCCCAUGGUGCUACGGGCAAAGGGAACGACCAGAUACGCUUUGAACUGGGAUGCCACGCUCUCUGUCCUGGUAUUAAGAUCGUCGCGCCAUGGAAGGACCCAGCCUUCUACGAGAGAUUCCCUGGGCGUCAGGAACUGUUUGAGUAUGCCCAUACUCACGACAUACCCGUCCCGGUCACUCCCAAGGCCCCCUGGAGCAUUGAUGCCAACAUGGUCCACAUUAGCUAUGAGUCUGGCAUCUUGGAGAACCCAUCAACUCAUCCUCCAGAAGGCAUCUUCCAGCUCACCACAGACCCAGAGGAAGCACCAGACACUCCACAGUAUCUGACACUCACCUUCAAAGCUGGUAUACCCACGAGUGUCAGUGUAAAAGACCAGGACACACCUGUGACAGAUGCUUUAGAAAUAUUCCGCAUUUGUAACCAGAUAGGAGCGCAACACGGUGUCGGCCGCAUUGACAUUGUGGAAAACCGGUUCAUAGGUAUCAAGUCUCGUGGGAUCUACGAGACGCCAGGAUUGACACUGCUGAGGGCAGCACACCUUGACCUAGAGGCGCUGUGUCUUGAUCGUGAAGUCAGGAAGAUUAAAGCCUACCUCAGCAAUCUCAUGGCGGAACAGGUCUAUAAUGGUUUGUGGUACAGUCCCGAGUGAUAUACACGGAGCUGUAUUGAAAACUGUCAGCUGACUGUGACAGGAAGUGUUGAUCUUAAGGUCUACAAAGGCAAUGUGUACGUGUUGGGAAGAGAGGCUCCAGUAUCCCUGUACAACCAAGAACUGGUCUCUAUGGAUGUACAAGGAGACUACGAUCCUAUUGACGCCAGGGGUUUCAUCCGUAUCAACGCUGUACGACUGAGAGAACAUCAGAGGAUCAAGACGAUUGGAUCUACGAGUUAUAGGAUCAAGGAUCAAAAAACUAAUGGACAGAAGACUAGCAGUUAAUGCGUCCAUGAUUCUUUUGCAGAAACAUCAGAGGAUCAAAAAGGCGAUGGGAUCUACCACUUAGGUGUAUAUAUAUAUAUAUGUCGUGCCGAAUAGGCAGAACUUGCGAUCUUGGCUUAAAUAGCAACGCUCAUCUUGCCAUAUAGGACAAGUGAAAAUUUGUGUAUGCAAUAAUUUCGCCAAAAUCAUUCUGAACCUAACGAAAAAAAUAUAUUUCACUGCGUUUAGUAUUAAAUUAUUGUAAACAAAUCUAAAAUAUAUUUAGUUGGGUUAGGCUAAAAUAAAUUGUUCUUGUUAUAAUAAGGUUAGGUAAGUUUUCUAAGUUCCUUUUGGUGCAAAAUUAUAAAUUUUUACAUCAACAUUAAUGAAAAAAAAUAUAUCUUUAAACGUCUAAGAGAAAAUUUUAGAAAGGACAUAAUUUUAAAUGAGUUCUUGCUAAUUGACCAGUUUUACAUAUUC